AUGGGAGACGUCGACUAUAAAGCUCUGUACACGCAGAGACCACCACCGUUCGGGGAAGAGCUGAAGGCCUACUUCGCACUUGACCCGGAGUAUAUCAACCUGAACAGCGGAUCGUAUGGGACGACUCCGAAGCCCGUCCUUCAGGCUGCAUACGAGUUGACGAAGAAGAUAGAGGCGAACCCUGAUCUCUUCCAUCGAUUCACGUACCAGCCCAUGCUUAUCGACGUGCGUAAGCGGAUCGCGAGGCUCAUAGGUGCGAAGACGGAUGAGGUUGUGCUCGUGACGAACGCGUCGCUCGGUCUCAACAUCGUUCUCCGAAAUUUCGACUGGGAAGAAGGGGAUGCUAUUUUCGCAUUCACGACUACGUACAACUCCAUCUCUCGCACGGCCCAAAGCAUCGGCGACGUCCCACCCCACCCAACCGUCCACACCAUCCCGCUUAAUUUUCCAACUACGCACGAGGAGAUUGCGUCCUCAUUCAAAGAAUUCCUGCGGGCUCACCGAGUUGCCCCAAACAAGAAGCGCGUCGCCAUCAUCGAUAGCAUCGUUUCCAACCCUGGCGUUCUUCUACCGUGGCAGGAGAUGGUCAAGAUCGCAAAGGAGGAGCGUGUGUGGAGCGUCGUGGACGCCGCGCAUUCGAUAGGACAGGAGGUAGGAAUCAACCUCACAGAAUCGGCACCGGACUUUUGGAUCUCGAACAACCACAAAUGGCUUUCGGCGAAACGCUCGUCUGCCGUUCUCUACGUACCUGGACGGAACCAGCACAUUGUCACCACAUCCAUACCAACCAGCUACGCCUACGUCUCCCCCAAGGACCGAACGGAGCCAAACUUCGUCCCUCAGUACGAGUGGAACGGGACUAUCGACUGGAGUUCCCACUUAACAGUUGCAGAUGCUCUGGAUUUCCGGACUUGGCUCGGCGGCGAAGCAAAGAUAAACGCCUACUGCCACAAUCUCGCACUCAAUGGCGGCAAAAUUCUCGCUGAGAUAUUGGAUACACGGGUCAUGGACCCUGACGGAGACUUGACACUCAACAUGAUAAACGUCGAGCUGCCUCUCCCACCCGUCACCACCAUCGACGAAUACAAUAGGAUCGAUGUCUUCCUCAAAGAGAGGCUCUUGACGAAGUAUAAAGCGUACUCGGCCCAUUUCUUCCAUAAUGAGAAGUGGUGGACGCGGUGCAGUGCCCAGGUGUUCAACACGAUCGAAGAUUUCGAGAAGAUUGGUCGUAUCUGGGUCAAGGCUUGUGAGGAAGUCAAGAACGGACUGCACUUGAAAUACAUGUCCGUCAUAUCGAUCCACAGCGCUGGAGAGAUCCAAGUGCAGAUCGACGAGAAUUGCCGGCGCCUCUGCUACCGCCGGGCCAACUCCGUCUCCUCAUCCCCGCGCCAAACCCCCCGUCCCGCAACGCACGCCCCCAUCCUCGCACUCUACGCACAAGAUCCCACCCGCGCCACACGCGCCUUCACCGCGCUCCACCGCACCGACCCUGCCGAGGCCGGUGCGCUGCUCGGUGCGCUGUUCCUCGCGGGCGACGACAGCCGCCGCGUAGGGCGUUUUCUGCUACAGAGCGGGGGUCUGUUCGCCCAGGGUGACCGUGGGAUGGUAGAUGUGCUCGAGCGGGCGAUGAGGUGGUGUCUUGGGAGGUCGCAGGAGCCCCGGCCUGCGUAUCUGGGGUUUUCGUCUGUGUAG